AUGCCGUUAGAGAACGACAAGGCAUCCACUCCAAAAGAGGCCAGGAGCUCCUCGACGGUCACAGGGGGCCCCACCCUGCUCACCCCGUCCCCUCGCGAUGAAGGGGCACUCUCUGUUGCAGCAGCAGCAGAUGCUGCGCCAAUUUCCCCUGCAGGGGCUGCUGUUGCUGCCGAGGGAGAUGAGCUGCUAAGGCGCAUGCAGUCAGUCCUAGAGGAGGAUGACAGCGUAGACAUGCUGUUGCCGUCCCUCUCUGCCAUCCCCGUGUUGCCAUCCACAGGCGACGCUGUCGCUUUUGGCGGGGUAGCUGCCGCGACACAGGCCCCUGAUACCAGUGGAAAUCUUUCUGGUCUGUUACGCUGCACAGCCCUCAACAGAGGCAGCAGCUGCGGAGAUCCAACAGCAGCUGCAGAUGACCCGGACGCCAGGUCCCGCAAUCUUGGAUUAGGGCUUGCUGCCCUGCACAAGCUGCAGCGACGGCAGCGCUUGGCGCAGGGACAGCAACAGCAAGUGCAACAACAACGGCGACAGAAUCUGUCGGAUUCUGUAACAAACCAUGAUACACACACAGAGCAAGCGAGCCAACACUUGAACUCGCAGCAGAAACAGAUGAUGCAACAGCAGCAGCAGCCCAUAGUUUCCUCUUCAUUACAUAUUGGGGAACCUUCCCAGUACGCUAGAGAAGCCUCCACCGACAGCAGUGACGAAGCGAAGGGUGGGAUGGCUCAACAGCAGAGAGAACUGCAGAAACAGCAACUGCAGCAGGAGAAACGGCAGCAACAGCAGGACGAGGAACGGCAGCAACAGCAACUACAGUUGGAACAAGGUCGGGGGUUCGGCGAUUUCCAUUUCCCGGAUCUUUCAACCACUUCAACAACGGUGAAUGCUACAGCAGAACUGGAUGCAGGACCACCAGCAGCAGCAGCCAAAGCUGCGGCUGCUCCUGCUGAAGCAGAGCCCCCAGCAGGUAUGGAGAUUGACGAAGUGAGGACACCGGUUGCCGCCACAGCAGCAUCAACAGCAGCAACAGGGGUACCAGCAGUAGCAGUGGCAGCGGCAGAGAUGGGCACAACAAGGGGUUUUUAUUCUUGUGCUGCCGAAGCUGCAGCCGCAGCUGAUGCUGCUGCAUCAGGUUCCUGCUUGCAUACUGCUGCGCCUGCGCAACAGUUGGUGCUGGAUGGUUCCACAGAUCAGCAAGAGCGCUGGCCGUGGGACCCUCCUCUUUCUAGAGUAGGCGGCUGCCUUGAGGAUAAGGCAGGAACUGGCACAGGAAGCGCAGCACUGGCAGCAGCAGCUUCACCAGAAGUAGCUGCUUCAGCAGUAGCAGCAGAAGCAGGUGUAGGAGAAGCCGCUGAGUUAACAUCAGCAGUAGACGGGAACGUGGGCCGGACAGGAGGCACAGCAAACCUUGCUGCUGCUACUGCUGCAUCUCUGCCUCCCCUUUCCGCAGAAGAGGAGGUUGCGCUGAUGGCUGCAGGGGGCUUGCAUGGCCCUGAGGAGGCAGCAGUAGUUGCGGAGGCGGAAGCAAUGGGGGAGUUUGUGCACAGUUUGCAGCAGCAGCUGCGGCAGUUGCAGCAGCAGCAGUUGCAGCAGCAUCAGCAGGGGCUUGAGCAUGUCGAUAGCCGGCCUGCUGCUGUCGAGGCGCUGGGUAGAAUAGAGGAGAGGCUGCGCAUGGCAUUAGAGGCGGUCGAUGCGGAUGUGGCAGCGCUGCAGCGGGAGGCCGCAGCAACAGCAGCAGCAACGGUAGCCUUCGCGUCGGGGGCUGCUGAAGACCCCGUGCAACAGCAGCAACAGCAGCAGCAACUGCAGCAGCGCGAGACGGAAGCCUCGCAUGGCGACGAAGGAGAGAUUGAAGACGAUGAUGGCUUUAAGAGUGUAGACGUUUUAGACGGAUCUAAUGUAACAGCCGCAGCAGCGGGGGGCCCAGCCGCGUGCGGAGCCGUACUGUGGUCCCACCCAUGCAAAGCACUGCUGCGGGCGGCGCUGCAGUCAGCAGGGCGGCAGCUGCCCAGAGGCAAACGAAAGGGGGCUCGGGGAACCCCAAGGGAAUGGGGGGAGACACAGCGACAUCGGCCGCCGCUAGACGUUUUGUGCCUGGCAGCUUCGCAGACCAAGGCAGAGUGCAGCCUUACUCCAGAAGAGGCUGCUGCUGCAGCUGCUGCUGCGGCAGCCAUUGCAGCGACAGCUGCAGCUAGCGGGUCCGAGGCUGCCGCUGCAGCAGCAGCGGCAGCAGAGGCACUGCUGCCAGUGGGUGUAGCAGCCGCAACAAGUGAAGGUGUGAGAAGGGUCCCAUGGCUGCCCGCUGAGGGCCCCAUGUUUGAUAGUUUGGCUGCAUCGAACCAGUCGCAGGCCUUUGCUGCUGGGUUACCGCUGCUGCGAGAGAUCUGCCGCGUUGCCACUGUGGAGUUGCGCGUCCCGCAGCCUCCCGGCGUCGCUGCUACUGCUGCUGCUUCCCCGGGAUAUUUCGCUGCUGCUGGUGAGCCCAUCGGUAUUGCCGGCCUGCGGCGACUUGGACUACCCGGAGAGCAGCAACUGCAUCGGAGAGGACCCCUCUGGGUGCCGCCUCCCCCACCAGAGGACGAGGAGGAGGGCCCCGCCCUCCGUACUGCUGCUGCUGCUGUAUCUGCUGCAUGCAACGAGCAGCUCGUGCUCUUCCUUAGGCGAGACCUCUUCCCGCGCGAGCUCCUGCAGCAGCUCCAGCAGCAAUCAGUGUGCUGCAUAGCGCAGUUGCUUCUGCCACCUGGAUAUGAGGAAGGGGUGCGCCACCAGGUCACACCUACCCCAGACGGCGGAGGCACCCAGGGACCCCUCCAUCCUAUCCUGAGGCUGCAAAGACUUCGCUCGCAUCGAACAACUUCUGCGGCGAAUCCGGCAACGGCAGAAGCAACAGGAGCAACGGCCGAAGCCAGCGUGGGAGGAGCAACAAUCGCAACUGGAACAGAGGCAGCAGGAGCGGCAGCAGCAACGAGGCCGAGUUUGGAGGAGGCGACUGGGGUCCCGGAUAGGAAAUGCGGGUCUCCUUUGACUGUGGAUGACGCUCUUAAGUUCAUUAGCAAGCAGCAGCGACGGCAGCAGCAUGCGCUCGAGCAGCUGCUUCAGGAGCUGAAGUGUUUGUGUCGAGGCAUUUCAAUGCAGCAGCUCGUGUUGCUGGCCUCUAUUGUAGACUCUGUCAGCGCAGCAGAUGCAGCCGCAGCAGCGGCAGCAAUUGGGGACCCCGAGGCUGCCGUGUUCUCAGAUGAGAACAGGGAAUCAGGCACCCAUGUAGCGGGAUCAGCAGCAGGUUCGACAGAUAGCGGAACUGAGAAACAGCAGGAGCAGCAGCAGCAACAGCAGCUGUUGCGGCUGCAGAAACUGCACGAGUGGCUGUCUUUGUUCCCACGUUACGGGGUGUCGGCGGGGCGUGCAGUGGCUCUGCUGGCAGCAGCAGCGGAGCAGCAGCAGCAGCAGCAUCAGCCUGAGGGGGAGCCCGUAGAUAUUCAGCUCACCUUUAGCAGCCUCAUGCCGUAUCCGGAUGAGGAUCCUGGAGUGGUUGUUGCCUUUGCUUUCCCCUAUAAGCGAGGGCCUCAGGAUCAGCCGUGGACUUGGGACCUGCGGCUGCUGGAGGGGGGCCCCCGCGGGUCGUAUGGGCCCCCUGAAGGCCCCCGCAGCGUCCAAACAGUGCAGCAGCAAAUAUCACAAAGGCAGCAGCGCCUUACGUUUCUGCUGCGCCAACAAAGGAUCGUCUGUAAGGCAAUGUACAAAGCCUGGAGGAGCUGGCGGCGCCAGAUGGAGAAGCGGCGGCUAUUGCUGGGAGAUGCCUUUGGCUGGGGAGUGCUGCCGGUGCGGGCCUUAGACCACCCGUCACUUUUGAUGGCGCUGCCUGCGGGCUUCCGGCAAGGGAGCCCGAAGGAACCCUACGAGAAACAAAGUCAACGGGAACAUGCUGAAGAGGCCAAUGCUACUGCCAGCGACCGCAGCAAUCCAAGGCGGCAAACCGACGCUUCUG